AUGCAGACCGGCGUUCAUGACGGGCAAGAGCAGGCGCAUAGAGACAUGGAAACGCCUCUCAAGCCUAAAGUGAUGAUUAUAACGAUGUUCCACCGCGAAGCGAGUCUAUGGCUGUCAAAGAGCAGCAACAUCAAGUUUGAGCGCAAAGUAUCCAUCCCAGGCCUGAGUCUGAAGUAUAAAGAGAUCUAUUGUACCGCCUCUGGAGAUGUCUGUCUUGUAAUCACUGGCAUGGCGCUGGUAAAUGGCUGCACUUUCAAUGUCUGCGCUGGUAAACUGUGCAGAAUUCGACUUGUCCAAGACACAUUUCUUGAUCGCGGGCAUCGCAGGAGUGAAUCCACAAAAGGCAACUAUUGGCAGUAUUGCUUUAUCAAAGUUUGCCUUCCAGACGGAUCUACAGAUGCAAUAUGA